AUUAUUCUAGCCUUCCACCCCACUUGCAUCAUCUGACACCGAGAACCUACGCUUCCUAUGCGUACGGCAGAUCCUCGGGCAAUCAUCGCUUCUUGCGGUCCCUGCCGAAGAACCGAGAGCGAAUGAAAAAGGGAAUGGUAGAUCUUCGGCAGCGCUUGAUCCGUCUUGGGUUGAUGGAAUAGCAUAGUGGCCAAUUAUGGCGGGGCUUGGGGUAUCCACGUCGUUCGGAGAUUCGGGCGAGGUUUCCGGACAAUGAGAAACGGUCAUGAGGGUUGGGGAAGAUGCGGUGGUACAUUAGUGCCUCAGAGGAUGUCUUUUGGCCAGAUAAGAGAUCACAUACGGCCUGCAUUUUCUCUCUAUCUGACUUUGCACUCGUAUCAACAUGAGCUCCAAGAUCGAUACCAUACUAGAGUCGCUCACGCUCGAAGAGAAGGUGUCCCUUCUUGCGGGGAAGGACUUUUGGGAAACGGUCCCGGUUCCUUCGAAGGGAGUUCCUGCUAUCAAGACAUCGGACGGUCCGAACGGAGCACGAGGCGCGGUCUUUACGGGAGGAACACGAGCGGCUUGCUUCCCUGCUGCCGUCUGUGCUGCUUCUACAUGGAACCCAGACCUCUCCAGACGGGUUGGAAAUGCAUUGGCAGAGGAGACCCAGACUAAGGGUGCACGAGUAUUGCUCGGUCCCACCAUGUGCAAUCACCGACAUCCCCUUGGAGGUCGCAACUUCGAAAGCUUCUCGGAAGAUCCUCUCCUAGCCGGCAAGUUGGCUGCGCAAGUAUGCAAAGGACUGCAAGAGAAAGGCGUCGCGGCCACUAUCAAGCACUUCGCUGCAAACGAGCAAGAGACGGACAGACUGACUGUGAACGAAAUUAUCCCGGAGCGGGCCCUGAGGGAGAUCUAUAUGAAACCUUUCGAAAUCUGCGUCAAGGAAGCUAACCCUUGGGCGGUCAUGACGGCCUACAAUCAGAUCAACGAAGUGCACGCCGAUUCGCAUCCUCUCCUCCUGAAGAAAGUGCUUCGCGGAGAAUGGGGCUGGAAGGGUCUCGUCAUGAGCGAUUGGGGCGGCACUAACUCGACGGCGGAUGCACUGAACGCUGGACUGGAUCUGGAAAUGCCGGGACCGACGCGGCACCGAUCGUACAAGGUUGUCAAAGACGCCGUUAAGGCUGGCGAAGUCUCAGAAGCUACGAUCAAUGACCGCGCGCGGAACGUUUUGGAACUUAUUGAGAAGGUUGGCGGGUUCGAGAACCCGGAGAUCCCACCCGAGCGAUCUAUAGACAACCCUGAACACCGGAAGCUUAUCCGAGACGUUGCCUGUCAAGGCGUUGUUCUGCUCAAGAACAAUGAUGGAAUUCUUCCGCUGAAGAAGGAGAAAAUCAAGGGGAAGAAGAUCGCUCUGCUGGGGCUGGCCAAGGAGGCGCUUAUCCAUGGUGGCGGCAGUGCGUCUCUCCACUCCCACUACAGGAUCUCGCCCUGGGAUGGUUUGCAUGCCGCCUACGGUGACAGCGUGGAGUUCAAGUUCGCCAAGGGUGCUCACACAUAUCGACUGCUACCGCCGCUAGCUAGUAACUGCACGGAUGCAGACGGCAAGUCGGGGUGGACCCUGGAAUUCUUUGUGCAAGGUGAGAAAGAGAAGCCUCUCGAGACGAUCGGUGGACACAAGGAAGCCUCCUUCAGCCCUCUCGGAGGACCGGGCAAGGAUUCCAGGUGGAAAGACCUUCAGCUUUCGACCACAUUUAUUCCUGCAGAGAGCGGUUCACAUUAUCUCUCUUGCUCCGGGAUCGGUCCCACUGUCGUCACUAUUAACGACGAAGUUGUCUACGAGCAGAAACACAGCUCAGAAGAUGCUAUGGCUUUCUUGUUCGGUGGCAACCCGGAAGAAGAAUUCAAGUACUCAUUUACCAAGGGCGAGCCCUACAAGAUCCGCAUACACUCCAGCCCACCCGGCAGUGGCGACGCGAAGGACAACGGCGGGAUUCUCGAAGGUCUACCGGGUUUCCGUAUGGGCUUCAUACCCGACAAAGAACAUGAUGAGGAUCUCCUAUCUCGGGCCGUUGACAUCGCCAAGGAGUGCGACUACGCAAUCGUUUUCACCGGUCAUACGCCCGUCUGGGAAACGGAGGGCCAAGACCAGGUUUCUUUCAACUUGCCCAAGGACGGCUCCCAGGACAAACUCGUCGAGGCGGUGGCUUCAGCAAACACGAAGACCAUUGUGGUGAACAGUACCGGCGUAGCUGUCGCAUCACCUUGGAUCUCGAAAGUCUCAGCUUUCAUACAAGCCUGGUUUACCGGGCAAGAAGCUGGAAAUGCCAUUGCGGACGUUAUCUCGGGCGCGGUCAAUCCCUCAGGCAGGCUGCCGAUAUCCUGGCCUAAGCGGAUCGAGGAUGCACCAGCAUACGGGAACUUCCCGGGAGAGACGAAAGAUGGCCAGCUCACAGUCCGAUAUGAUGAGGGCGUCUUCGUCGGAUAUCGCCAUUACGAUCGCAUCGCGCAAAACAGGGUACAAUUCCCAUUUGGUUUUGGUCUCUCAUACACAACCUUCAGUCUUAAAGAUGGGAGCGUCUCUCAAACAGCUCGAGACUCGUUCAAGACCAGCGUCACUGUCACCAACUCUGGAAAGCAGGCCGGCGGAACAGUUGUCCAGCUGUACGUCGGCAGGGCGCAGAAGAGUCCAGAUCACCCUAUCAAGGGCCUGGCUGCGUUCAAAAAGGUGUUUUUGGAUGCUGGCAAGGAAGAAACGGUGGAGAUGCCGGUUUCGUUGAAGGACUUUGCGUAUUUUGAUGAAGCGGCCGGCGAAUGGAAGGUCGAUAGGGGACGGUAUGAGUUCUCGUUUGGGCAGUCGACGCAGGAUAUUGAGUGUGUGGUAGGUGUGGAUGUGGAGGGUAGUAGGGAGCUGAAGUUGUAAAUAGGAGUGGCGUACAUCUUUAGACUAGAGAUUGAUGUUCAACCACGUUGAAUAGAGAUAGAUGUCGCGUGCCUGCUACUAGUAAUUCGUAGAACCAAUUU